AUGGAGUAAAUGCCUCAAUUGAAGGAUAAUUAACCAUAUAAAGUAUUUUUUAUUCUACUCAAAAUUUUAGAUUUUACCUACAAAAAUUCUAUUUUCAAGGGCAGAAGUCCAUUUUUAUUUGACAAACCUUCCAAAUUAAUUAUCCAAGGCAUAAAUAUUGAAGGAUUAAUUUUAAAGCAUUCAAAUGCUCCAAUAGAAGCUAUCUCAAUUUAUAAUAACUUGAGGUUUCAUGAUAACAAGAUUCAUUAAAAUAAUGCAAUUCAGAUUGAUAAGUCAAUUAGACAAGUUAUAAUUAAAGAUUGCUUCUUCUCAAACGAAUAAUUGGGCUCUGGUGGUGUAUAUUUUGGAUUUUUUAGAACUUAGAGCAUUUGUCUUGAGGAGAUCACUUUUAGAAAUAUUACUUACUCCGAUUACAUUAAGUAAAAAGGUUACUUGAUUAGAUUUGAUUAAUUAGAUAUUAAAAAAGACUCUCCUAAUACAUAUAUUAAAAAUUUGCUUUUGGAAAACUCAGAUUUUAAUUUACUCCUUUUUAAAGGCUACAAUUUCAUAGAUAUCAGAGAUUCUGACCCUAUUGAAGUUGUUCUUUAGAAUAUAACGAUCCAGAAUAACAAAAUUACAAAGAAAAAUGAUUUGAUCUUCUUUGAUUCGUACCAUAAUGAACACAAAGCUUAUCUAAAAAUUAUUGAUUCAAAAUUUAUCAACAAUUCUUUUGAAUCUAAUGGCAACUUAAUAAUAGUUAAGUAGAAUGACCACAACCAAUUUCUAAUCAGAAAUACUGUAUUUUAGAAUAAUACAAGAGCUCAACUUUUGAUUGCUCCUAUUGACGCCUAUGAUUUUUAAAAUCCUUUAGUGGUUAUAAUUGAAGAUUCCACAUUUAAUUAGAAUAAUGUAAUUAUUGAUGCUAUGAUUAGAAUACAGUCUAAUGGUUAAUUGAUUGAAAUCUUUGCAAUGAUGAGAAUAGAUUAGUAAUUUACGAAAAAAAUUCAAACUUUAUUCCCAAAAAUUUAUAAUGGCACUAAUACUAAAAUAGGAAACAUAUUCGAUCUUUAAAAAGGGUCACUGCAGAUAGAUUAGAAUAGUGAAAUUACAGAUCAUCAUAAUUUUAUUGGUCAAUACUAAAUACAAAUGACAUACUCUAAUUUGACAAUUUCAGAAACAGUAAUAAUGAAUUCAGAAUUCUUAUCAGAUUAUCCUGUGUUCAAUAUAGAUGCAAGUGAAACCAACAUUAACUAGUUUGCAUACAUUGAUAACAAAAAUCAAGGGGAUGUUGUUCUGAAUAUUUAUAGAUCUCCUAAGUGCACUUAAGACAAGACAUGCUAGCGAUCGGUUUAAAAUUCAAUCUUUAUUAGUAAUUUUGCUAGUGUUUAAGGAGGAGUAUUGAACUAUAAUAAAUUUAGACCAUAUGAUUUAGAAAGUAAUGUGUAUACUAGCAACUAAGCUCUUUACGGCCCAAUAUUAUCAAGUUAUCCUUUUACUAUUAGAAUUUAAGAAAUCAAAAGAUAGCAGAUAGCAAGUGGUUUGAUUGGAUUGGUUGAGUUAGACACUAAAAGAACAGCAGUAAUAGGUUAAAAAUAAAAAAUGGUUGUUAAUGGGACUGUAAAUUUUACUGGCUUGGUUUUUAUUGCUGAACCAGGCUCUAAAAAUGUUAGGUUUAAAGUCUAUUCACAGGACAUUAAUGAAGAGAAAAUCAAAGAAGUAUUCAAUCUCUCUAUUGAAUUACAAAUAAAUUAAGAAAUAAUCUUUUUUGACUUUAGAAAGUGCUAGCUAGAUGCCUUGUUUGUGAGAAUGGAUUUUAUUCACUUGAAAUGGAAGCUAUCAAAUGUUUGGAGUGUCCACCUAAUGCAGUUUGUCCAGGGGGAACAAAAAUUUUAACUAAUCCUGGCUAUUGGCGAUCUUCGAACAUAGGUGGAGAUUUCAAAUUUAAUGAAAUUAUUGGAGUGCAUGAUUUAUGUAAUGAUGGCUAUGGAGGAAAUUUGUGUGAUAGAUGUAUGA